GCGAGAGGCGGGGCCGGGAGGAGACGGCGAUGGGGCUCGCUGAGGAGGAAGAAGGGGGGCGAAGGCGGCGCCGCUACUGCUGCUGAGGACGACCUUUCCCCGGUGGAGCGAGUGGGACCCCCGUCCCCGCCCUGCCCUGACAAGGCCCGGGCGGGGCUGGUCCCGGCGGCGGCGGCGGCUAAGAAGAGAGAGGAAUAGAAACUGUCAAGAUGAGCAGAAAGCCUCCAAAUCGUCCUGGGAUAACGUUUGAAAUAGGUGCUCGUUUGGAAGCACUAGAUUACCUACAAAAAUGGUAUCCUUCCCGCAUUGAGAAAAUAGACUAUGAAGAGGGAAAGAUGCUUGUCCACUUUGAACGCUGGAGCCAUCGUUAUGAUGAAUGGAUUUACUGGGACAGCAAUAGAUUGCGCCCCCUUGAGCGACCGUCGCUAAGGAAAGAGGGUCUAAAAGAUGAUGAUGAAUUCAUUGAUUUUAAACCUGGAGAAGAGGUUCUAGCUCGUUGGACAGACUGUCGAUACUAUCCUGCAAAAAUUGAAGCAAUUAACAAAGAAGGAACCUUCACUGUACAGUUCUAUGAUGGAGUGAUUCGUUGUCUUAAAAGAAUGCAUAUCAAAUCCAUGCCGGAAGAUGCCAAAGGGCAGGCGCGAGAGAGGCGUCAGAUAGCACCGGAGCUGAGAUUAGUGACGGAUAACGAGCCACAUGAAGACUGGAUAGCUUUGGUCAAAGCUGCAGCAGUGGCAGCAGCCAAAAACAAAGCAGGAGUUAAACCACGGACCAGUGUGAACAGCAAUAAAGACAAAGAGGAGCGAAAGUGGUUUAAACUACCUUCAAAGAAGGAAGAAACAUCAACCUCCACAAUUGUCCAGGAAGUCCAGAAGAAGGAAGAGCAGCCUACAUCCAGUGAAACAUUUGGUUUCCCUCUAGUGGACGUCCCAAAGAUUGCCUUUGUACAGGCAGAGAAUGCAUUAGCACACAAGAGGAAAAAUAAUCUAGGCAACUCAUUUCAGGCAAAGAGGGCUCGUCUUAACAAGAUCACUGGGUUGUUGGCCUCCAAAGCUGUCAGUGUUGACGGUGCUGAAAAAAAGGAAGACCACAAACAAGCAGCUCCAGUCUUGGAGCAGGAGAUAUCACCUAAGCCUCAAAGUCAGAAAAAAAAUGAAGCUGAUAUUAGCAGUUCUGCCAACAUUCAGAAAUCUGCACUGUUGCCCUCAACUUUGUCUUCAGGAAAGGCUCGCAGCAAGAAAUGCAAACAAGAAUCUGGAGAUUCUGCAGGGUGUAUAAAGCCCCUUAAAUCACCAAUUUCCCCAGAGUUAAUACAAGUGGAGGAUUUGACCCUGGUCUCCCAGCUUCCUUCUUCUGUGAUAAAUAAAACUAGUCCAUCACAACCACUGAAUGCCCUUAAAUCCUUCAAAAAUAGCCAGCGGAGAAGAAGAUCACAGCGCAUAGCGACUGGUUCGUUGCUUCAUGAUUCUCUAGAAAAAGUUCCUUCUCCCUCUCCAGUCACUGAUGGAAAAGUGUUCUCCAUCAAUGUCCCAAAUCAACUGCGAGCAUUACUGGAGGUUCCCAAUGUUGCUCAUGUGUCACUUGAGAAGCGCGGACUGUGUCUUCCUCUUGACUUAAGCCGUAACUUGGAUAUUUCAGCGUUGUUAACUGCGGAGCCUGCUUUCUGCAGUGAAUACCCCAGUAAAGUGAAGGAAGCUAAUCAAAUGGUUAUAUGUCAUUCUUCUAAAGCAGUAACUGAUGGCAAACUAACCCCAGUGGCAUCAGGAACAGUGAAAACCGAGAGAAAAGCAAAAUUGGAAGACAGAUGUUCAUCAUUGCUUGGUAAAAAGAAGGAGAAGGAUAAAGAAAGAAAGGAGAAGAAGGAGAAGGAUCAUAAGUCAAAACAGAAAAAGAAGAAGAAGAAAAAGAAGAAAUCAAAGCAGCACGAUUAUUCGGAUUUUGAGGAUAGUUCUCUUGAGUACUUGGACAGGUGCUCCUCCCCAUUCAACAAGUCUCCCGGGAGCUCAUUGACGCUACGAAGCACGACUACGGAGAAGAACAACACGUCAUAUCAGUACCCACGAGCUAUUCUGUCUGUCGACCUUAGUGGUGAAAACCUCUCUGAUAUGGAAUUUUUGGAUGAUUCUUCUACUGAGAGUUUGCUGCUAAGCGGUGAUGAGUAUAAUCAGGACUUUGAUUCAACCAAUUUUGAAGAAUCUCAGGAUGAAGAGGAUACUCUCAAUGAAAUUGUCAGGUGUAUCUGUGAAAUGGAUGAAGAAAAAGGAUUCAUGAUUCAGUGUGAAGAGUGCCUGUGUUGGCAGCACAGCGUUUGCAUGGGGUUGUUGGAGGACAGCAUUCCAGAGCAGUACAUCUGCUACAUUUGCAGGGACCCACCUGGUCAGAGAUGGAGUGCCAAAUAUCUCUAUGAUAAAGACUGGUUGAAUAAUGGCCACAUGUGUGGUCUGUCUUUUUUAAAAGAGAACUACUCUCACUUGAAUGCCAAAAAGAUAGUGUCAACACACCACCUCCUGGCUGACGUGUAUGGUGUUACAGAAAUACUGCAUGGGCUACAGCUGAAGAUUGGGAUACUAAAGAAUAAGCAUCACCCCGACCUUCAUCUGUGGGCUUGUACAGGUCUGCGGAAGGAUCAAGACCAAAUAACUCUUGGAGUAGAAAGAAGGGUAUUGGCUGUGCCAGAUACUAUUAAGCCACCUGAAAGGACGUACCAUGGUCAAAACCAUAAAGAGCCCCGUAGUUUGCCCCAGAAGAUGGAGGAAACGUACAUUACAAGUGAGCACAGCUACCAGAAGCCCCAGAAUUUUGGUCAGGACUGCAAAUUGAUGACCGACCCUAUAAGCUCAGACGACGACGAUACCAGCAGUUUCGAGGAUGAUCAAGAGCUUCUCUUAGAAGAUAAAAACUGUUUACAAUAUUCAUCUAAAGAAGAUGGUUUCAGCCAUCAGAGACACUCAGCUGAAGGGAACACUGUGUUUGUAUUUAAUGAAAAAAGAGGAGCCGAAGAACGUGUGGACUCCCGUCUUCAGUGGCAGCUAAACCUCCUCACCCACAUAGAGAACGUACAGAAUGAAGUCACUAGUAGAAUGGACCUGAUUGAAAAGGAAGUGGAUGUUCUAGAAAGCUGGCUUGACUUCACUGGAGAAUUGGAGCCACCGGAUCCCCUUGCACGACUGCCUCAGCUCAAGCGUCGGAUCAAACAGCUCAUAUCUGACAUGGGAAAAGUCCAGCAAAUAGCAACGCUUUGUUCAGUAUGACAAAAGGAAGGCUAAAGAAAUACACAAAUAGGCUCUUGCAAUGAGUUUCUUAUUAUCCAGAAGACUGAAUUUUAAAAAAAACAGAAGCUAGAACACUAUUCCCUGUUCUGUGCCGAUCGUCUCAUUAUCCAGAAGAUCUAAAGAAGGGGAGAAAAGGAAAUGGAAGAGGUAUCAAGGAAGGGUCACGCUAAUAUGGCCUGCAAGGUUGUAGAAAAAAUGCUGAGAUUGUUUCUUCUCUCCACACACAAUGAGGUCGAAAACUCUACGAAGGAAUGUUUCAUACGUUUUCCCAGGCAAUAUCGGGGUGAAAUCCUCAAACUGGUUAAAAACAACAAAUUAAGCCAGCUAAAGAAAGCCACCUUGGAAAAAGGAUUGAAUUUGCAAUAUUUUCAUUCAGUGUUGAUAGCAGAACAAGUAGAUUUGUAACUGCUGGCAUAUUGAAGGAUGGAAAAAUUGAACAAAAUGCCUGUCCCUUUUGUGACAGAUAUUAUCCAUGAAAAUGAAAACUGCUAGCUUCCUUUUUGAAAAGAGACUGUUUUUUGUGGUGGCCUCUCUAUGAAUAUUAUUUUUUUAAGCAAAACCUUCCUUGCAGUGAUCUUAUGCUCGUUUUUAGAAACAGAAGUGGGAGGAUAAAGGUCAUUAGUGCCAAAUAACACUUUAAAAAACCACUGAAACAGGAGAGUUGAGUCGGUGGAACAAUGUUUCUCUUCCCCCACCCCGCUUCCCCGGCAAAGUCCUCCAUAUUGCCAGCAAACCAUCCGGAAUUGUACCUAGUCCAUAUUUGUGUUAGCUGUAACUACAGUAUUCAGGGAUACAGUACCAUUUUAAAUUUCUUUCUCCUGAAUGGCUCUGGUUAGCUCUCCUAAAUACUUAUCCUCAGCUGGAUUGAGGAUUGAGAAGAGUGUCCACAAUGCCAGCAAUUUGAGAUGAAAUUGGGGGCGUUUCCAAUGUUUACUAUUUUUAGACUUUGUCUGAAAAACCUGAAAAGACGUUGCAACGUGGGGUGUCUAUGUAGGCAGGUAUCUCUCUGUGAGAUCGGCCUGUCGUAGGCCAAGAAUCUUGGAAUGGAUCAACAGUUCCUGUAUCUUUGCCCAAAUAAAUCUUUCCCACACUGUUUGAAAUGAGGAAUGACCUGUAGGAUCAUCCCCUGUGAAUCAAAAUCAUAGUGUGUUGGUACCUGCCCUUCUAAAGUGGAUAUGGUGAAAAUUCAUGAUCUGUUAGAGCAGCCUUCCUCAACCUGGGGCGCUCCAGAUGUGUUGGACUACAAUUCCCAGAAUGCCAACUCCCAUGAGUUGGCAAAGCAUUGUGAAACCAAAGUCAGUCUAGUUGCCAUUUUAAAAAAAAAAGUUGUUUCUGGACCAAGUCCAGAGUCUUCACUUUACUCUUGCUGAUCUGCAUUAUUUCUGCACCCAGUGCUACAAUAUACAUUUGGGGAUAUGUAUAUAUGUCUCUCUGCGUGUGAUUCUGUAAAAUAUAGUCAAACGCAGAAAGACAUACUACAUAUUUAUAAUGACAAGUCUAGUUUUAUUACAAUAGACUAAGACCUUGGUGACAAAAUAUUUAAAAUGUUACCUUUUAACCGUUUCUUAAAAAAGAGAGAGAGAGAGAGAGAGAAUGAGAAAAUGAAAAUAAUGUAUGUACAGGUUUUGAAAUUUGUAAAAAAAAAUUAAAAAUUAUAAAAAUAUUGACUGUUCAAAAGAGGCUGUAAUGGAUGAUAGCAGAGUACUUGAACUCUUUAUGCCUCCCCGACUGUUUCAGUGCUGGUGAUCGGAAGAAAAGCAUACGAGAGAGCUGCAUAAUGGGCAGUAAACUUGAAGCUCCCCCUCAGAUAAAAGUACAGGCACUGUACAUGACAAAUGUAUUUAAAUUUGCAGAUACACUGUUCUAUAUGUAAGGUACUGUAUGUAAAGCUGUUUAUUAAACUAUUCUGCAUACUCUG